CAGGAGCACAACAGGCUUUACCCUGCUCACUGAGACCUGCAGGACCAAGGCUGGUCCUGGGCAGCUGGGACAUAUUGGCCAGAGACAAGUCUCCUGGGUUACCCCAGCCAGGCAAGAGUGGGGCUAGGGGCCACCCCUAUGGCUGAGCAGCUGUCCCCAGAGAAAGCCCAGGCGAUGGCUGCAGAUUGCGCUGAAGCCCCUCCACUCCGGGCCACUCGCCGUGGGUCCCAGCCCCCAGUCCCAGCCCAGGGCACUGAAGAAGGCAAGCCACCCUUUCUGUCCUCCCGCCGCAGCUCCAUCCUCAGCACCCUCCCGGCACCCCUGGCCAGCCGCCGCAGCUCACUGGGGGCAGCCCCGGGGGGCAGGCGCCCCUCCGUUGGACCCUGGAUGCUCCACAGCCGUGUGAGCUUCUCUGGGCUCCCCCUUUUCCAGCCCAUCCUCAAGACCCGCCUUGAAAACACUUACAGGAUGCGGCCAGAUGAAGGCUGCAAGUUUGAUGCUGGGCGGGUGCAGCAGGUGCUGGAUACGGUCCUGGCCAGCACCCUGGGGACCACAGUCUACAGCCCCCAGGGCAGUGCCCUGCUAGCCCAGAGCCUGGCCGAGCUGCUGCGGGGCCGGGUGAAGGAGGUGGUGCCACCCCGCUACAAGCUGGUCUGCCAGGUACUGCUGGGCCAGAGGGGCCAACAGAGCCUGCUGGUGGCCAGUCGGGCACUGUGGGACCCCGAAAGCGACAACUUUGCCUCCACCACCUUCUCCAAUACUUCCCUCUUUGCUGUGGCCACAGUGCAUGGGGUCUACCUCGAGUAGCACCUGCACCUCCCUCCAGCCAGCCUUGUAGGGCUGCAGGGGGAGAGCAGCUGAAAUAAAGAGGUUUGCUCCAGCUGUGGCUCAUACCUGGAGUUUUCAGCCAUGGUAUGUGCAAGGAGCAAGACACAGACGCACCUUGG